UCCCGGUCCGUGAUUGCGAGGCUGCAUACAGCUUGCAAACGCAAUUCCACACAUAAUCACAGUACGCACGGCUGCAGCACCACCUGCGCUAUGGCCAAGAAAGCAAACGCCAAGCAAAACGACUCCGCGCCGGCCGAAUUGCGCAAAUUAGCUGUGCAGGCUGUCAAGCACAAAGCCACGAUCGACGAUGCUAAUUUCAAAAAGCGCGAGCUGCGCGAGACGUUGGUGCGCCUGCAGGAGGCGCUGGAGGAGCGCCGCGCCGAAGAACGGCGCAUUGCCGAGGAGGCGCGGCGCCGCGAGGAGGAGGAGGCGGCGCGCUUGGCGGCCGAAGAAGAAGCGCGCCGCCGCGCCGAGGAGGAGAGACUGGCCGCCGAGGCGGAGGCUGAGGAGUCGGAAGAGAGCGAGGAGGAGGAGGAGCCCGAGCCCGAGGAGGUGCCCGAGGCCGACGAAGAGGAAUCCUCCGAGGAGGAAGAAGACGCGGACGAGCUCAUGCCGGAGCCGACGCUGCGCGGCCGCGUCGCGCCCGGCAUGGUGCCCUUCAUGGCGCGGGCCGCUGCGCGCCCGAUGCCGCCGGCGCCGCGCCGCAAAGCGCUACCGCCGCCGCCGCCGGUCGUCGCGGUGACGCCCGAGAGCGAGUCCGAGUCCGAGGAGGAGGAACCCGUCAAGGUUGAGUGCGACGAGGCGUCCGCGGAGGAGAUCGAGUCGGAAGACGAGGAGGAGCCCGAGGACGAAGUCGAAGAGGAGGACGCGAUCGUGGAGGUGACGCGGCGCCCGGCGCGCCGCGGCUACCCGGAGCCGUCCUUCGAGGGCCUCGAGGCGCUGCGCGCGGCCCCGAAGGACUACCACGAGCUACAAGCGGCGCUCGCGUCGGCCGGGGCGUCGAUCGAGGGCGGCGACCGGCCGUUAUUGGACUUCCGCCGCGAUUUGAUCACCAGCGCUCGCGUCGCGGCGGUCACGGUCACUGUCCAUCACGCGAAGCGCGACCGCGACAUCGAGAUCGACGAGGAGGGAGACAUCGCCGCGCAGACGGCCGCGUGCGUGCGAGAGAUCCGCGAGGCGACGAAAGCGCUCAACCCGAUCAAGACCAAGCUGAGAGCUUUCGAAGGCAUGAAGGUGAGCGUCCCCGGCGGCCGCGUCGCCAUCGGCCUCUCCAAGGAGGCCGUCUACGGCUACGCCAUCUUCGUCGACCGCGGGGUCUGGCACAAGCUCGACGAGGAGGUCCAGGACGCGUGCGUCGACGCGGGCCUCAUCACGUUGAAGGGCGCUGCGGCGGCCUCAGUGGCGCUCACGGUGCGCGACAUCGGCGAGGCGCCGCCCGUGCCGCGCAAGCGGGCCGCGCCCAAGAAGUCGCGGAAGCCGGCCAAGAAGGGCAAGCUCUCGGCCGUCGUGCGGGCCAAGCGCGGCGUCACGUACUACAAAUGAGGCGCUCGUCCUCCCCUCUCGUGUAUAGAUAUAUACUUAUCGGGAAA